AUGGUGCUCUCGAGCGAAGCCGGCUACAUGAUGUCGGACGCGCCGUCCGUUGCAGCGAACCGGCGAAAUCAGAGCCUCCCGACGUCCGCGCGCGCGCGCCCUCUCGGACCGGCGUCGCCGGGCUUCGGCGCGCCCAGCGACGAUGGCACCGAGGGCUUCGCCGACGACCAGAUGCCGCGCACCGCCCGCAGCAACGGCCAGGGCCACAUCCCACGCGUGCAGGACCGCAUUGGCGUCCUCGUCCAGGAUGCAUUUGCCAGUUUCGUCGAAAGGUCAGAAUUAUUACCCAAACUCACAUUUCUUGAGCAGCCCGUCCUUUCUGGCGCCCCGGCCUCCAGCGCCGUCACCACCGAUAAACACUACAUUACGCAAAUAAGAAACAUGCGCACAUACUCGCUGUCAACCUUUUACCUCGACUUUAAGCACCUUGCGUCAUGGGAAAAUGGCAGUUUGGCCGACGGUGUCAUCCGCCAGUACUACCGCUUUCUGCCCUUCAUCACAGCCGCCCUCAACGAGCUCAUCGCCAAGUACGAGCCUCAAUAUUACCGCGACCACCGCCAAGCCACCUCCCGAUCCAGCGCCGUUUCCACCUCGGCGGCGAGCCAGCUGGGCUCUGACAGCCAGUCCAACACCACGCACCGCUUGAACGAGCACCAACAGACCGACAAGCUCUUCUCCGUCGCCUUUUACAAUCUGCCGCUCGUCUCGCGCGUCCGCAGCCUCCGCGCCGCCAAUAUUGGCCAGCUUCUCUCCAUAUCCGGUACCGUCACUCGCACCUCGGAAGUCCGCCCUGAGCUGUCGCUCGCCACCUUCUUCUGCCAGGCCUGUCGCGCCAUCGUGCAAAACGUCGAGCAGACGUUUCGCUAUACGGAACCCACACAGUGCCCCAACGUCACUUGCCAAAACCGCGUGGCCUGGCAGCUGGAUAUUCGCCGCAGUACCUUUGUUGACUGGCAAAAGGUGCGCAUUCAGGAAAACAGCGCCGAGAUCCCCACGGGCUCCAUGCCCCGUACCAUGGAUGUCAUUCUCCGUGGCGAAAUCGUCGACCGCGCAAAGGCUGGUGAAAAGUGCAUCUUUACCGGCACCUUGAUCGUUGUCCCCGACGUGAGCCAGCUGGGGCUUCCAGGCCUAAAGCCCAGUGCGGUGCGUGACGACCGUAAUGCACCUCGAGGCAGCGAGGCUGGUGGUGCUGGCAUCAGCGGUCUCAAGUCUCUUGGUGUCCGCGAUCUCACGUACAGACUGGCUUUCCUCGCCUGCAUGGUGAGUGCCGAUACCACUUCGGCUGGCCGGUCUGCCGCUGCCGGCGCUGCGGACGCCAUCGCCGCCAUUACCCAGAACAAAGACCCGGACGACGAGCAAAGCGUCGAAGACGCUCAAGCUACUGUUCUGGCAUCCAUGAACCCCUCCGAAAUCGAAGAUCUCCGAGCCAUGGUGCACGGCGACCACAUAUACUCCCGUUUAGUGCAGUCCAUUGCACCCAUGGUGUAUGGCCAUGAAGUCGUCAAGAAAGGUCUCCUGCUGCAGCUCAUGUCUGGUGUCCACAAGACCACAGCCGAAGGCAUGCAACUCCGCGGCGACAUCAACAUCUGCAUUGUCGGCGACCCGUCCACCUCCAAGUCCCAGUUCCUCAAGUACAUCUGCUCCUUUGCCCCACGCGCCGUCUACACGUCUGGCAAGGCCUCAUCAGCCGCCGGUCUGACGGCUGCCGUGAUCAAGGACGAAGAGACGGGCGAGUUUACCAUUGAAGCCGGUGCGCUCAUGCUCGCUGAUAAUGGCAUCUGCGCCAUUGACGAGUUUGACAAGAUGGACAUUGGCGACCAGGUAGCCAUCCACGAGGCCAUGGAGCAGCAGACCAUUUCCAUUGCCAAGGCCGGCAUCCAGGCGACGCUCAACGCGCGCACCAGCAUCCUCGCAGCCGCCAACCCCGUCGGCGGCCGCUACGACCGCAAGGCCACACUGCGCUCCAACAUCAACAUGUCGGCGCCCAUCAUGUCGCGCUUCGACCUCUUCUUCGUCGUUCUCGACGAGUGCAACGAGCAGGUCGACCGCCACCUGGCCAACCACAUUGUCAACAUCCACCAGAACCGCGACGAGGCCGUGGCGCCCGAAUUCAGUACCGAGGAGCUUCAGCGCUACAUUCGUUUCGCGCGCACCUUUCGGCCCGAGUUCACCGAAGAGUCCAAAGAGGUGCUCGUCGAAAAGUACCGCGCGCUGCGCCAGGACGACGCCCAGGGCGGCAUCGGCAAGAACUCGUACCGCAUCACGGUGCGUCAGCUAGAGAGCCUGAUUCGCCUCUCCGAGGCCAUUGCCAAGGUCAACUGCGUCGAGAACAUCAGUCCCGAAAUGGUUGUCGAGGCGUACAACCUGCUCCGCCAGAGCAUCAUCUCCGUCGAGCACGACGACGUCGAGAUGGACGGCGGCGAGGACGAGGAGCAGCCGCCCGAGAGCGGCGACACUCUCCGUCGCGCCGCCGCCGCCGCCUCCGGCAUGGAUGUCGAGAAUGACAACGAUUACGAUGCCGACGCUGCUAUGCAGGAGAGCAUCGCCGCCGCCGCCGAUGCCGCCGAUGCCGACGCCACUGCCACCACCACCUCUACGUCGACCCGCACCAAGCGCAAAAUCACCUACGAAAAGUACAUCAAAAUGGUCAACCUCUUUGUGCAGCGCGUCAACUCGGACGAGAGCGGCAGCGGCGACGGCGUCCCCGGCGCGGACCUCGUCACCUGGUACCUCGAGCAGGUCGAGGCCGAGCUCGCUGGCGAGGACGACUACCACACCGAACAGGCCCUCGCCACCAUGGUCCUCAAGAAGAUGGUCCGCGAGAACAUUCUCAUGGCCCUCCGCGGCGAGGCGCUCGCCGACGCCGGCUCUACCGCCACGUCAUCGGCCGUCGACGACAACAUUGUCUAUGUCCUCCACCCCAAUUGCGCCGUGGAGGACUUUUAA